CUCUUAAUAGAUACAUCUGGCUUUUUCUUUGGUUCACGCUCGCCCUCUCUCUCUCUCUCUGCCCAUAAUCUGCCAGUCUCGUUUGCUUCGCAUGGCAUCUUUGGCUCCUCCCUUUUAAGCAACGGUUUUUCUCCAUUUCCCUUUCUCCGAUCCUCUCCCAUUGCCGGUUUGAAACCCGAGCGUCCGAGAGAUUGAGAGAGAAAGGGAGAGAAAGAGGGAGGGGAACAAGCACAAAUCUGUUUGUUUGGGCGGAAAAUAGAGGGGAUUGGGGCUUUUGGCUUUUUAGGGUUUCCUGAUGACUUAUGACGGUGAUGAGGAUGAGAUGGUCCCGGAGCUGAAGCUGAGAAUGGAGGACAACAGCGGGGAUUACGUGAAAUUGACGGGCUCCGAAGCGGAGGGCGAUGGAGGUGAGGAGGCUUCAUCUUCUGCAAGGGAAGGAUCUCUUUGUUGGUGGGUUAAAGUGGUUGUUUUAUUCGUCUUGUUGGGGGCCUUGGCUGGCGUUUGUCUCAAAUGGGUCGGACCCUUUUUGAUGGAUAAGGAGAUCAUCCCUCUAAUUAACUGGGAGACAACAACAUUCAGCACUCCAGUACUGGCAGUUGUAAUCUUUGCUUCUGUAGCAUUAUUCCCAACCUUGCUUUUACCAUCUACACCUUCCAUGUGGGCAGCUGGGAUGACUUUUGGCUAUGGCUUUGGAUUCUUACUUAUUAUAGCUGGCGCAGCUGUGGGAAUAUCACUUCCAUAUUUCAUUGGUUCUCUCUUCUAUCACAAAAUCCAAGGUUGGUUAGAAAAAUAUCCUAAGAAAGCUUCUGUUAUAAGAUUCGCUGGUGAAGGAAAUUGGUUUAAUCAGUUCCGAGCUGUUGCAUUGAUCAGGAUUUCUCCUUUUCCAUAUAUCAUAUACAAUUACUGUGCUGUGGCAACAGAUGUGAAGUAUGGUCCUUACCUCUUGGGAUCAUUGGCAGGAAUGGUGCCAGAAAUCUUUGUUGCAAUCUACACGGGGAUCUUGAUAAGAGCUUUGGCAGAUGCUUCGCAUGAUCGGCAUUCCCUUUCAGCUCCACAGAUUGUCUUCAAUAUUCUUGGUUUCUGUGCUACAGUGGCCACAACUAUUAUAUUUACAGUGUUUGCAAAAAGGCGGUUGAAGGCAUUGCAGAAGGAAGAGGAGCAACUAUUGGAGUGAGAGCCCUUGAUUUUAGUCCUGUUCAGGGUGGAAAUAUCUGUCCAGACAAAACAGGUCAGAGUUGCAUUUCUAUAUAUAUAUACACGCGCACAUAUAAUAUGAACCAUGUAUUGGUUGGAUGAAAGUCACUUCAUCCUGGGGGAGGUUAAUGAUAAUGUGGUGGUGUUUGAGCAGCAUUGGAAGGGAAAUAGCAGCCAAAGACGUAACAACUAAGGUGAACUACACCUACAUUAAAGCAGUCAAUUCUUUUGAAGGCAAAAACAAAAAGGAAAAAAAAAGUUUGCUUCUUUGUUGGAGUUGUCAUUGUUUUCCCUCUCAGUCUCUCUGACUUAUCAUUUGUAUAUGAUUGUAAUAUCUGAUUAGAAGCAUUAAACUGGACAAGGGGCAAAAUUCUUUGAAAUUAAUUUAGGUUUCUUCAGGCUUCUUGUAGAUUAUAUUACAAUUAUGCAUUAAAGUCUAUGCUGUCUUGCACGGUGGUUUCAGACA